UUUACAAAUAAAUAAAUAGUUUACUCUAAAAAUUGUCAAAUAUAUUAUAAAAAUUGAGCACCUUUUUAAAAAUGGAAAACAAAGAUAAAAAGAAGAAAGACGAUUGGAUUCGUCUGGCUUCCAAGAGUCGCCCGGGACGGUUUUAUAUGUUUAAUAAGGCCACUGGUGAGACGCAAUGGCUGCCGCUAAACGAAGUAGGAGAAUCUGAGAAACAAGUCUCACCCCCAAAAUUAUCAAUAAAUAAAUCUAGUAAAACUCCAGCUCAGGAUCGUUUAAAAAGACUGCAACAUAAUUUAAAAACUAGCAAAACUCGAGAACAUACCACUCGUACCACACGCCAUUCUAAAGAUUUGGAAACAAAAUCUAAAGAUCAAGAGAACCAAUUGAAAGAUCAACCAUCAACAAGCUCCUCAACAAAAGUAACUGAUAAAUCGCCCAAAAAGGCCACUAAAAGACCACAAAGUUCGAGUUUUCCAAAAGAGGUGGAAAUCUCAGUUAAAAGUGUGAAAGCAUCAUCUACAUUGGAAUCAGUGAAGAAAAUACGUCUCUCCGAUUCUUCAACGACAUCAGGGAAAAUGGCCACAGCAGAAACAGUUACAGCAGCCAAUGAACCCUCCAAAUCUUUAGUUACAAAUAAUAACCCAGAGAAUUUACAAAACAUGGACGAAGAUAGUAGCUCCACCCUAAGCAAUAUACGAACUGGUAUUGUAAAAAAGAUUAAAGAAAUUUGUAAAAUGCCUUUCAACAUGUCAAAGAAAACAAUUGAUGAAAAAUCGAGUGUAGCAGACAAUAAAUCAUCUAGUUUAAUAAAUACAACUCAGUUCAAACCAGCUAGAAAAUCAAAUGAUAAUAAAAAACGUUUAUCUUCAUCAGCAGUCCAGGAGUCCAUCAACAAGCUUACUGAAGAAAAUGUAAAAACUAAAAAUAUGAAAAGGAAAUUAAAUCAGUCGGAACUUGGUACUCCAAAAAAUUUAAAUAUUCCUACGUAUCCACGAGGAUCUGCGAAUUCUCGUUUGGAUCGAUUGAAACAGUCGUUGCUUUCACAACAACAACCAUGUAAAUCUACAAAUGAUCCAGAUACAUUACAUCAAACUACUAAAUCCUCUACAGAGAUGAAUAAUAAUAAUAACAAUACAACAUUACCACAGUUAGAAGACAAUCACCAAACUGGUCACAAUAAUUCCUCUUUAUACCAAACUGCCAACAAUACAAUUAACGAUGAAGUCGAAGCUAUGGAUUGGCAACCCAUUGUAAAGGAUGAAGAGACAAUCGAGAUAACGAGUAGUGAGUCCUCAUCUUUCGUGAUAGAAAAAUCGAAUAAACUUCUACUUAAAACAAUCGAUGGAAAUAAAAAUGAAACAAUGGGUGAUAUUUAUGAUACAGUCAAUGAAAAUCUUUUGCGUUUUUCGGCGGAAAAAUUUAAAGAUAAUAAUAAAAAAUGGCAAAAAGAUUACUACUAUUUCAUAGUGGACACAAAUGUCCUAUUAAGAGACAUGUCCUUUCUGGAAGAUUUAACGAAAAUGAAACUAUGUGAUACCAAAGGCAGUAUGUUGUAUGUACCUUAUGCGGUGCUGCAAGAAUUGGAUAGACUGAAAAUGCGUUCGGGUUUACAGGAAGGUGUUAAAACUCGUGCUGUUCGCGCUAUUAAAUAUUUAAAUUCUAAAUUUGAAAAUGACUCUUCUCAUUUGCAAGCUCAAUCUGCUUUAGAUGAACGUCAACGUUUGGUGGAUAUCAAUUCAGCAGAUGACAGCAUCAUAAACUGCUGCCUGCAAGCCAAAGAACAUGUACGAAAUUUACUAUUACUCACUGAGGAUAUUAAUCUUCGCAAUAAGGCUAUAUGUAAUAAUAUUUUAGUUUCUACUAAAUCGGAUUUGAUGUCAAAACGCUACGAAUCCAGCGAUACGGACGAUAAGUCUUGACGUGCUAAUACUUCGUUUUGGUCCAAUAAACUAAAUUUUUUGUUACAUACAUUUAAAUUCAAAUAAGUUUAUUUACAAUUCAUUUUUGUUAAUACAUAUAAAUUAAAUGUAAAAUUUAUGUACAUAUACAUAUAUAAUUUGGUAUAUUAUCUUUAAUUUACUAAUGUAUAGAAAUUCAGUACAAGUUAAUUUAAGUAUUUUUUUUUUGGUUUUUUG